AUGUAUUCGUUUAAUAUUGAUACAUCAUUGUUUGAUCGUACCGAUAAUGAUCGCCCUAUCGAUUUCCUCCUGGAUAGAAUAUCAGCCGAUACCAGUGACAGAGAUCGUCCUCGUGAUGUUUUCUGCUGUCGUUUAUUUGAAGGAGUUCAAUUGUCGAAAACAUCCCAUUCAGUCUCACCUCAUGAUGUUUUCGUACCGAGAUUCGCCAUUGAUUCUUGUGAUCGAGUAUUUAUUUUCUUUACCACGCGUCAAUUAGUUUCUAUUGGUAGUUUGUUAUCAUUAUUACAAGUAGAUGCAACGUUUAAGGUAAAUUGGAAUGAAAUACCGUUAUUAGUCUUGGGUAGUAGUGAUUCCAAUCGCCAUUUCCACCUUUAUGGUGUUGCUCUGAUCUCAACUGAUGAAGCAGCUGAUUCGUAUAUGCAUGUGUUUCAAACAUUCAAACAAGUCGUUCAGUCGGUAACUGGUAUUGUCUUCAACGUGGCUUAUUUGUUGGGUGAUGGUGCGACAGGUAUUACUGCUUCUCAACAACGUGAAUUUCCUACAGCCAAGCGUCUGAUGUGUUGGGCGCAUACGUUACGCAAAUGCAGAGAACGUCGGAAGAUGGUUCCCAGUGAUAAAUGGCCUGAUAUUGAGAAUGAUAUUUGUACGUUACAACUUGCAUUUGGUGAUGGUGUAUUUGACUUAUUUUUUGGUCGUCUCGUUACAAUUCCGUUAAUGUGUAAUUGUAAACAAAACUUGUCAGCUUAUGUUUGUAAACAUGCAUUGGGAAUAAUGAUGCAUUUUGGACAUUAUCAUGUUACAGAUCCGUCAAAAUUAGAAAACUUUGCUAAAAAACGAGGUCGACCAAGAAGGCACGCUUGGCAUUGUUGA